AUGGCACGUUUUGGCCAUGCAAGUCGCAGAUGUGGACAGAUUUUUGUGCAGUGGGGUGGUUCCCUGGGUGUGGGCUCAACAGAAGCCACUGCAGGUCAGUUGUUCCAUCCUUUGUGGUUGCGCUUGAACGACCCCAGUCAGAUCACCCGGAACCAGCAGCGUCUCUUUGAGAUGUCCAGUAUCAUGGAUCGAAGAAACAGCUGGGAGGAGCGACUCUCAGUGCAGUGGGGCGAUGGUGCUCAGAGUUACUAUCCUUGGCAUUGGCUUGCAGAGCAUGCAACCGCUGGCGCUGCAGAAGCUGCUGAAGCCAAGCAGCUGAAGCUGGAGGUUCCAAAGCAUCUUUGGAAUCAAAGCUUUCAAAGUACCUUGCCGCGGAUGGAGUAUGAAGCGCUAUUGACCCGCAGCGGCAAGCUUCAGUUGUGCACAUAUUUGGAAAGGUAUGGUUUGGCUUUUGUUAGUGGUUUGGGGGCUGCCGAGGGCACAGUGAAGAAGGUUGGAAACUACAUUGGCCAUGUGAGAGUCACAAACUAUGGUGCCAUCUUUGAUGUCAAAGAUGAUGGUGCCAAGGCAACCAAUCUCGCCUUCACAAAUCAAAAGAUCUCAGCCCACACCGACAACCCUUACCGAGACCCCUUCCCUGGAAUACAAAUGCUACAUUGCCUCAGCUGCGCAGGGGAAGGUGGCGCUACCCUUUUCACCGAUGGUUUUAGUGUGGCCCAAAAGCUCAAAAGCUUGGAUCCCACUGCUUUCCAUUUGCUUUCAAACAUAGAACACCCAUAUGAAUACAGGGAUCCAGAUGCAGCUGUCCUGUUACAAGCAAGCGUGCCCGUUAUCAAGCUUUGCCAGGGUGAAAUCGAAAGGAUCACUUUCAACAACCGAUCUGCAGCACCGAUGGGGCCGGAGAUGCCAGAGCUGGAACGCUACUACGAGGCGUGGGCUUUGUUCGAUCGCAUGGCCAACUCCAUGGAGUUCACAGUCAAAGCGAACUUGAAGCCUGGAGACUUAGCGAUUUGGUCCAACGGCCGCGUGAUGCACGGACGUGAGGGCUACGAACGCGGUGCUCCAAGGCAUUUGCAAGGGGCCUACCUGGAUUAUGAUGAGAUCCAGUCCGCAGUUCGGGAACUGUACGUUGUUGGAAACUUCUUGCCUGGACCCAAUGUCGCUGGCAAAGUGAUCACUCUUCCGGAUUGCCAAGGCGCCGCAGAUUCAGCGCCGCUUUCUUGGAGACAUGUGAUCUCCUUAGGUGGCCUGAAGAUCCGGGCUUGGGAUACAUUGAAGUCAGAGGAGGCCAUCACUGGCAUACUGCAGCCAUCAGAGGCGGAGCCGCCUGUGGAUGAAGUCUUUGAGGAUGAGCCAGGUUUCGACACCCGGCGCAUGCAGUUUGAGAUCGAUCGACCCUCAGAAAGGGUCAAGACGACCAAAAGGGUCGUGUUUUACUCGGGGAGUGUGACGAUAAUAUGGUACUUGAUGCAUAUUCCGCUGGUGUACUACAUGAUUCACACCUUCGCCCACGAGAAGCAGCACACGAUUGCUGUGAACAACUCGCCAUUCCUGUUGCUGAAUGUGGACGUUAACACCCUGCUAAGCAACUUGCCUUUGAUGGUGAGCCUUCUGAAUGAAGAGUGGCUUAAAGUUGUGGACAUGCAGCUCCAUAAGGCUUGCACACGAGCUUGCACCUGGUUGGAUGCCAUGGACUGCUUUCAGCCCACCGCGAACAUCCUGCCAACCAGCAGCACCACUCUUGAAAUGGUUACCUUUGGCUCCUUCAAUGUUGGGGGUUUGUCUGCAGCAGGCAGUGUCAGUCAAGAUGUAUGGGCUCUAUUGAAUCCGCUGAUGGGUGUGCUUCCUGUAGACAUCACGUAUUUCUUUGAGUUGACUGAGUCGGUUCCUUGGUUCUUUGGGCAAGACCCAGCAUUGGCAGAGCGGAAGACCAAUCUCGAUGCGCAUACCAUUUUGGUGAAUCAGAACAAUCAUGUGAUGCGUUCCUUCCCACCCGGGCGCAUUUCAGUGACACCCCAAGAGCUUUUGGCCUUGGCUGGCUGGGAGUGGAAUCUAAAGACCUUACUCAAUGGUGGUGAGUUUGGAGCGGUCGUCAAUUGCUACAAUGACAACCACGAUUUGCCUCCACUCGUUUGGGCCAACUUCGAAGUGGUAUACCCAGAAACGAGACUAGCACUGUGCUUACUCACAGUAGAGGAGCGUCGUGAUGCCUCAGUCGUCAAAGUGGCAGAUCCUUUCAUCGGCUCGACUUUUAUCAAUGCCCAUGUGCGCAUUGACGCAUAUCGAGGGAAUAGCUUUUUCCGGCUAGCGUCUUUGGCCCAACUGGUUGUGACCCUGAUUUCAUUCUUGGUUCUCCUGAAUUUGUCUACCAACGUGGCCGUUUUUUUUGCCACCUACUGUUUGGGUCCUUUGUCCAAAAUCUUCCGAAGAGCACAUACCGAGAGCUUCUACAUCAUAUACAAAAUCCCUUCGCUGGGCCUUGCUUUGGCCGCCGACUUCUUGACCUUGUCCAAGCUCCAAGAUGCAGCCGGAGUUAGCUCUUUCCGCUCCGCUUUGAGCCACGAGAUGCAACGGAUCCUGCAGACAUUAGCACCCCACAAGCCGGAGAUCGCCCCGGAUUUCGCAAACCAUAUCUUCCAGAAGGUCUGUGACACUAACCAUGCUGUGAUGAGCCACUUGGGCAAGGAAGGCCAGGCCGAGCAGGUUUGUGCAUACUUCGAUCUCCAUCGCAAACGUCACUUCUUGGAGUGGACAGUCCUCCCGGCUCAGCACCGUAGCAGCCUGCGAAGCCGAAUCUCACGUGCCAGCUCCAUGGCUUUGAUGGAGGAGGACCUGCGCCUGCCCCAGCCCGGAACAGUGACGUCAAACAUUCGUGAGGUGAAAGCAGAAGUGGACGCGCUGGCAGCAGAGAGUCAAGAUGAGAAAGAUGAGUGGAUAGAGAAGCAGCGGGAAAAGAUUCAGACCUUGCUGGAACAGCUGCAGAACGUUCAAGACCGCCUCCGAGCAAGAGAUGCAGCCAGCAAGUCUUACGAGAAAGAUGUGACGAGGCUGCUGAGGAAGAAGGACUCUUUGCAACGGAGGUGCAAGCAGGUCGAGAAGCAAAGGUCCAAGCUCGUAGAGGAGAUUUGGGCAUGGCGGCAGAGAGCUAUCUAUGACCCGAACUCCACGGACACGCCACCUCCGACCUUUGCUACAUCUUCGUUCCCAUUAUCCAUUUGA